GUUUAGAUGGUGCUACUGUUAUAAGUGUGUGCCACUGCACUCUGGCUAGGAGUGAGAAGUUGUCUCUCUUCGCUUCAGCUGCUAGUGACGUCUGACGGGUGAGCCAUGCCUUCUGUUUUUGAAAGCACCUUUAUCUGCCCACAUGCAGUCAGCCUGAUAAAAGCAAAAUCCUCUGCUGUGAAUGGGGAUGCUGUUACUGUCAACGGUAGUAAAAAGUUCGCUGUAAAUGGAGAUCAGGAUCUGCAAAAAGUUCAGGAUAAACCACAACAUGACAGUCAAGUUUUGAAGGACGGGAAAGUUCAAUUUCAGGAGGACUGGAUCUGUCCUGAUUUGCCUAGCAGAUGUACCUGGAGUUUGGGUGCACCCUCUUCAGAGUCGCCCCACAGCCAGCCAGUAAGCACAACAGCACCGACUAUCCUCCCAAACAUCCUGAGCAAAAUUGGACACACACCCCUGGUUCGGUUGAACAAGAUCCCUAAAGAGUUUGGACUCAAGUGUGAUAUUUUGGCCAAGUGCGAGUUUUUCAAUGCAGGAGGAAGCAUCAAAGACAGGAUCGCCCUGCAGAUGAUCGAAGAUGCUGAGAAAGCUGGGAUUCUCAAACCAGGGGACACCCUCAUCGAGCCCACCUCAGGCAACACGGGUAUUGGUAUCGCCCUGGUGGCAGCAGUAAAAGGCUACCGCUGUAUCAUCACCAUGCCUGAGAAGAUGAGUAUGGAGAAGGUGAACCUGUUGAGAGCUUUGGGGGCAGAAGUUGUGCGUACGCCGAAUUCUGCAGCUUUCGACUCACCAGAAUCUCACAUGGGUGUAGCUUGGCGUCUAAAGAAUGAGACUCCCAACUCGCACAUCCUUGACCAGUAUUGUAAUGUUGGUAACCCCCUGGCUCACUAUAAUGCCACAGCAGAGGAGAUCCUGGAGCAGUGUGAUGGUAAAGUGGACAUGUUGGUGGCAGGGGCUGGAACAGGUGGUACUCUUACUGGAGUGGCUCGGAAGUUGAAGGAGAGAUGUCCCAAUAUAAAGAUUGUUGCCGUUGACCCUGAAGGCUCCAUCCUGGGCGGCACAAAAGAGAAGAGCGAGAAAACUUCUUUUGAGGUGGAGGGAAUCGGCUAUGACUUUGUCCCUGCAGUGUUUGACAGAUCACUUGUGGACUUGUGGUGUAAAAUGUCAGAUAUGGAGACGUUCACCAUGGCACGUAAGCUCAUCAGAGAGGAGGGUCUUCUGUGUGGGGGCAGCUCUGGCUCAGCCAUGGCAGCAGCUGUAAAAAUGGCCCAGCAGCUUGAGGAGGGGCAGCGCUGUGUCGUAAUCCUCGCCGACUCCAUCCGCAACUACAUGUCAAAGUUCUUGAAUGACGAGUGGAUGUGUGAGAAAGGCUUCCUCAGUCUGGAAUCCCCGAUUGAGCUCAAACCAUGGUGGUGGAACAUGACCGUCCAGUGUCUACAGCUGUCUGCUCCCCUCACAGUAUCACCCAGCAUGUCCUGCCAGAGCGUCAUCAAGAUCCUGGAAGAGAAAGCGUUCGACCAGGCCCCUGUCGUCGAUGAAUCAGGAGGGAUCCUGGGAAUGGUGACUCUAGGAGCCAUCCUGUCCUCCGUAGCAGUGGGGAAGGUUGAACCCUCAGACGCUGUCUUGAAGGUCCUCUGCAAAAAAUUCAAACAGGUGCACCUCAGCAACAUCCUGGGGAAACUGUCUCAUAUUCUCGAAACCGACAACUACGCAGUGGUGGUGCAUGAUCAAAUCCAGUAUAACGCUGAUGGGUCAGCUUGCCAAAGGCCGGUGGUGUCCGCUGUCGUGACAGCAAUCGACCUUCUCAACUACAUUAGUGCGGACAAGAGGGCGAGUCAUUCCCCCUCUGAGUGCUCUCUCUAGACACAA